AUGCUGCCGCGGGGUCCCCGGUACUUACUGGCGCUGGCGGGGCUGGGCAGCGCUCAGGCUGCAGAGGACGAACAGCAGCAGGAGCAGCAGUGCCGGGGCGCGGCGGGGCUCGCAGCCGGACAUGGUGCCGGGAGCCCGGGCCACGGCGCCGUGCGCGGGCAGCUGGAGCCUUUUGUUCCCGGCGAGCGCAGCCCGAGGCUCCGCCGCCCCGCGCCCGGGCUCCGCUCCCCGGUGCCUCUGGCCGCCGCCCCCGCCGCGUCCCCGCCCCCGGGCCGCCCCCUCCUGGCCCCGCGCCGCCGGGGAGGGGGCGAGGGGAGGCGGCCGCGCCCCGCCCGGCCCCAGGUGCGCCGAGCCCGGCCCGGCCGCUCCGCGCCCCCGCCCGGCUCUGCCGAGCCCCAGCGGCCCCGGCAGCGCUGCUCGGGCUCCUCGCCUUCCUCCGGAGCGCCGCAGAUGGGAGAGCUGAGAGAGCCGAGGUCCCGUGGAGCAGGACCGGGGCACGGCAACCCCGGCGCGGUCCGGUCCCCGUAA